GCAGUCUGAGAUGUAACAGUCUUCAGGCCGCUGACCUGGUCCCCCGGUUUCCUGGUCUGGCCCGCAGGUGCUGCCCGGGCACAGUCCGGAAGUUGGGAGUCGGCAGUGGCUACGGCGGGCCAGCGCUGGCAGGCUCCAGCGGAGGACAAAGCCACAGCGGUUCCGGAAGCUACUCAGGUGACUCCAGUGGGCUGCGGCCUGCCUUGGCGCCCCUGAGGGACGGAGGAGUCCCAGCAGGCGUGAAAUUCACAUUCAGAGCAUCUGUCACAUCCAAGCCUGAGCCAAUUUCUCUUCAAAAGCCCACAGUCACCAGCGUGUGUUCCGAAACUGCUCAGGAGCUAGCAGAGGAACAGAGAAGAGGAUCCCAGGGUGACAGUAAACAGCAAAAUGGUUUCCUUCCGGAUGUGGGUGGUAUUCUCUUGCAGCUGCACAGCUGGAGAGUAAAGGAGGAGAGGUCCAGUACGAAACAGAGCAGCGAGUACCUUGAGAAGAAGAGUGCCUCCCGUCUCUCCGUCCACGUCCUUUCCGGUUUAGGAUCUGCUGGCAGGAUCUCGCCACACCCAGCCUGUGCAUCAAGGUUUUUAAAGAGCAGAUGCAUCUUCUUCACAGAUGCCUAUUCUCUUCAUUUGUGUAGUAAACGACUGGUUUGUGUGCUGAAACACUUGGUGCUUAGCUGCUAAGAUGAAGAUGGACAGUGUUUUUGGUUGUUGUGAUUCACGUUUCGGCUUACUCCAGUUGGCACAAUAUAUAAAUGAAGCGCUUCUUAUUCCACUGAAAUAUGUCUCCCUUAAAAGCCUGUUUAAAAGUUAAAAACAGAAAACCUAUCAGCGCUUCGGGCGCGUCAAUGACUCCUCGUCAGUCUCCCUGAGCCCGCGACCCCACGCCCUCCGUCAUGCCCCACGCAUCCUGUGGUGCCCCGCGCGACCCUGCGUGCUGUGUUCACGCUUUCCGGGAGGCAGGAAGAGCGAAGCGCCAGGCCGGAGGGCAUCCGGACCCAAAGAGUAGCUGCGCAGGUGGAGAGUAAAGAAGGAGAGGUCCGGUACGAAACAGAGCAGCGAGUACCUUGAGAAGAAGAGUGCCUCCCGUCUCUCCGUCCUCGUCCUUUCCGGUUUAGGACCUGCUGGCAGGAUCCUGACGUCGCUGCUCGCCACACCCAGCCUGUGCAUCAAGGUUUUUAAAGAGCAGAUGCAUCUUCUUCACAGGUCCUAAGACGCUAAAGAUUACAAAUUGGUCCAAAUAUGUCAGUUGCUGAAUCUCUGUAUUUUGUUACCCAGUGCAAGGAUCAUGAAAUUGGAAAUUUCAGACAUUCUGAGAACUCCUGUGUGUGGUUUGCAAGUGUUUUCUGUUCUGUGGUUGUCCACAGAUGCCUAUUCUCUUCAUUUGUGUAGUAAAGGACUGGUUUGUGUGCUGAAACACUUGGUGCUUAGCUGCUAAGAUGAAGAUGGACAGUGUUUUUGGUUGUUGUGAUUCACGUUUCGGCUUACUCCAGUUGGCACAAUAUAUAAAUGAAGCGCUUCUUAUUCCACUGAAAUAUGUCUCCCUUAAAAGCCUGUUUAAAAGUUAAAAACAGAAAACCUAUCAGCGCUUCGGGCGCGUCAAUGACUCCUCGUCAGUCUCCCUGAGCCCGCGACCCCACGCCCUCCGUCAUGCCCCACGCAUCCUGUGGUGCCCCGCGCGACCCUGCGUGCUGUGUUCACACUUUCCGGGAGGCAGGAAGAGCGAAGUGCCAGGCCGGAGGGCAGCCGGACCCAAAGAGUAGGACGGGCCACUGAACUCUUUCUGUACUGUCACAUUCAUGAAGAAAGAGCAUUCACAGGAAAAGAUGAAUUUGUCUUCCCCACCGCCAUCACUUACAGAAGCACAACAAAAAUAAACUAUAGUUACGUGCAAUUCUCUGUAUAGCAGAACUCAAGAGAGCACACAGAAAGGUACUUCAAACCGCGAGGAGAGCAACCCCGGACCCGGUGAAGAGUUUUUUUCUGGCCAUGCUGGGCAGAACCCAUAG